GCAUCGAGAACCUCUCGCCAAUAACAAAGCCGGUGCGGCGCUGACAUCACAUCUUCCCUCUGAUCUGGCUUUUCUGGAUCCCGAGCCCCACCCGCUCCUUUUUUUUUGCAUUAGCAAGCCGGUCCGUGUCGGUGUGUGUGUUAUUUAAAGCCGGAGAUCCUCCCUCUUGCAAAGCCACUGUGUUGCAUCCGUCCACCUCUCCGCAUGUGUCUUUAUGUGUGUGUGUGUGUGUGACAGAGAGAGAGGGAGAGAGAGAGUGCACUAAAAUCCCCAAGCAUCCACUGAGAGACCAAGAGAGUGAGGAGAGAGACGCACGGGGGAAAGGCUAAAAGCUUACGAGACGGGAGACGGAACGAGAGUGUGAUUCAACUAUGAAAUUCAUCCGAGCUUUUUUCCUGCUGCUUCUAUGUCCGGCGUUGGGUCUCAACAGCAGACAAGGCUAUGAUGGUCUGGAAAAGAAGCUGAAGGAAGUCUUCACUGAAAGAAGCAACAUCUUGCACCAGCUCUCGAAGACAUCCAAGGAGCUGGACAGCAUAAAAGGCGACAUUCAGUCUUUGAAAAACGAUGACUCAGUCGCCAAGAAGGACGUACAAAGGAUUUUGGAGCUCAGCCACAAACAGAGAGACGAGAUGAAGUCCCUCCAGGCUGCCUUGCAGAAGCAGCUGGACGAGGCCAACGAGAGAGCCGAGAAGCAGCAGGCCACGGUUAAACUGAUUAAAGCGGAGAUGGAAAAGAAAACCAAAAUCAUCAAGGACUUACAGCAAGAGAACAAAAGCUUGAAGAAUAAACUCCUGUCAGGAAACAAACUUUGUGAUGCUCAUGCCGAAGAGUCCAAAAAAAUCCAAGCUCAACUGAAAGAACUGCGGUACGGGAAGAAGGAUUUAAUUUUUAAGGGCCAGCAGCUAAUGGACUUGGAACACAAGUUAACCGUCGCAAAGGAAGAACUGGAGAAGACCGCUCUUGACAAGGAGUCUCAGCUAAAGGCUCUGAAGGACACCGUUCACAUCUGCUUCUCAGCCGUCCUGAACAACCAACCCAGUGGCAGCCACAGAUUUCCCACCUCGCCGUCCCAUUUGUACAGAUACUCAUCGCUCAUCAACAGCUCCAGAGUCACCUUUCAGCAGCCCCAUGCCAAGGAUAUUUCUAAAGUUCAGAGAAUCGUCGCAGAGAGGAAAGCCCCCAUGAAUCCCGGAAUAAUGAGGAGAGAAAGUGGCGGCGUUAGAGAGUGCCAGAUGGAGGAGACAGGAGGAGACUGUUUCCAGAAUAAGACAGCGGAUUUAGCUCCACAAGUGAAACAACUACCAGAACCACACCAGCAAAGGAGCCAAGGGCAGCCGGGGAGCUUGGAAAGCACCGGAACGCGCUCGGAUGACAGCGAGGACAAAGAGCAAAGCAAAAAGAUAAAGCCUCCGAAAUACGACUGAGCGGGUCAUCAAAGAUGCAGAUCUUCUGCGUUCCUCUCAAACUCCGAAGAGCACACCCCUGGUGCAUUGUCACACACACACACACACACACACACACACACACACACAUACGCCACACAAGGUCAGCAUUGCUUGCAAAAGCUGGGACUGGAAAUGUCAACACAACAACAUGGCAUGCAUUCUAAGAAGAAAAAAAACUAAAAAAAAAAUCAUUUUCAAGGUAGUGAUGGCACUGGAAACUUGUUUCAUGAUUGUUCAUUUGAUGUUUACUUUUAUUCUUAGUAAGGACACUGCUUUCUAAUGUGUGAUCUUUCUAGAAAAAAAAUCCCUUUGCACUGUUACGGUCUGACACAGUAUCCUAAGAUAGGCAUACUCAUUGACUAAGAGGAAAAAGGACAAAAAAAAAAAAAUAUUACUACCAAACUUAGACUAUUGUUUGUCGCUCACUGUAGUUGAAGGGGAACUGCAUUUUUUUUGGGGGGGGGGGAUUUUGCCUAUUAUUCACAGUCUAAAACAUGGUGUCAAACUCUGGCCCGCUGGCCAAAUCUGGCCCGCCGUGUAAUUUAAUUUGGCCCUUGAGGCAAUAUCAAUUUAGCGGUGUUAUACAGCGUCGGUGCCGCUCUAACACCGCAUUUACCGCUAAUACUGAUACUUGCCAACCCUCCUAAUUUUCCCGGUAGACUCCCGAAGUUCAGUGCCCCUCCCGAAAAUCUCCCGGGGCAACCAUUCUCCCGAAUUUCUACCGAUUUCCACCUGGACAACUAUAUUGGGGGUGUGCAUUUAAGGCACUGCCUUCAGUGUUCUCGACAACCUGUCGUCGCGUCCGCUUUUCCUCCAUACUAACAGCGUGUCACCUAAUAUUUGUGGCUUUUACACACACGCUCAAGUGAAUGCAAGGCAUACUUGGUCAACAGCCAUACAGGUCACACUGAGGGUGGCCGUAUGAACAACUUAAGCACUGUUACAAAUAUGCGCCACACUGUGAACCCACACAUAACAAGAAUGACACACAUCCGGGUGAACAUCCGCACCGUAACGCAACAGAACAAAUACCCAGAACCCCUUGCAGCACUAACUCUUCCGGGAAACUUCCGGCAAACUGACCAAUAAUUAACCUUUUAUUCAUGCAUUUUCUAUUGCUACUUCAAGGUUUGAGUGUUUGGUUCAUUCAUUAUUGUUAUUUUAUUUUCAAAUGUAUUAUUAGUCUGUGGAAAAAAAAUGGAUAUUUACCUCAGAAGAUUGCAAAUAGAAAAAAAGGCAUAACAUUUUUAUUUAAAUUUUACUUGAUAUGCCAUUGAAAUUUUUAAAUUAUUAAUAUUAUUUGGAACUGGAUUUUGCAUGUCAUUAAAGUUAUAUAAGCCUUGCUUGUUCAAUAUUUAAUACAAAACUUGUUUGGGUCCCUAUUAAAAAGGUUAAUUUGUUGAACCUUGGCCCGCGGCUUUGUUCCCUUUGAAGUUUUGGCCCACUCUGUAUUUGAGUUUGACACCCCUGGUCUAAAAGUAUUUAGCCACCUGCCUUUACUCACGUAUGAACUUGAAGUGCCAUCCUAUGGAAUCGUCCAACAUUUUUUGGUAUCCUGGAGCAUUCAAAGUUCCUUUUACUGGAAGUAAGGAGCCAAGCCCAUUUUCUAAAAAACAACCCCACACCAUAAUUCCUCCUCCACCAAAUUUCACACUCUGCACAAUGCAGUCCGAACGGUACCGUUCUCCUGGCAACCUCCAAACCCAGACUCGUCCAUCAGAUUGCCAGAUGGAAAAGCGUGAUUCAUCACUCCAGAGAACGCGUCUCCAUUGCUCUCGAGCAGUGGUUCUUAACCUGGGUUCGAUGGAACCCUAGGGGUUGGGUGAGUCGGGCUCAGGGGUUCGGUGGAGGUCAAGACACACCCGACUCAUUGUGUAAAUAAAAACUUCUCCCUAUCGGCGUAUUACGGAUACGGCAACAGCAGAAGUCAGACUGAUUUGCAGGUGUGUCAUUUGUUGUGAGUUUUUUACACUGUGUUGGUUUUGUUGUUUGAAUUUGAUUGAUACUUUUAUUAGUAGAUUGCACAGUUCAGUGAAUAUUCCGUACAAUUGACCACUAAAUGGUAACACCCGAAUAAGUUUUUCAACUUGUUUAAGUCGGGGUCCACGUUAAUCAAUUCAUGGUACAAAUAUAUACUAUCAGCAUAAUACAGUCAUCACACAAGUUAAUCAUCAUAGUAUGUACAUUGAAUUAUUUACAUUAUUUACAAUCAAGUUGAUGUUCAUGCACGGUUCAUUUUGUGCACCAGUAAAAAUAACAUGGAAACACUUUAGUAUGGGGAACAUAUUCACCAUUAAUUAGUUGUUUGUUAACAUGCAAAUUAGUAACAUAUUGGCUCUUAACGAGUCAUUAUUAAGUACUUAUUAAAGCCUUAUUAUAAGCCUAACCCUCUAACCCUGGCAUUAACCCUUUAACCCUAACCAAAUAACUCAAACUCUAACCCUGGCAUUAACCCUCUAACCCUAACCCUAACCAAAUAACUCAAAAUUAAGUCUUUGGUACUUAGAAUGUGUUCCCCUAGUGUCCAAACAACUCUAAAUUAAGUCUUUGGUACUUAGAAUAUGUUCCCCUAGUGUCCAAACAACUCUAAAUUAAGUCUUUGGUACUAAGAAUAUGUUCCCCUAGUGUCCAAACAACUCUAAAUUAAGUCUUUGGUACUUAGAAUAUGUUCCCCUAGUGUCCAAAAACUCUAAAUUAAGUCUUUGGUACUUAGAAUAUGUUCCCCUAGUGUCCAAACAACUCUAAAUUAAGUCUUUGGUACUUAGAAUAUGUUCCCCAACAUACUAAAGUGUUACCAAAAACAUAUACAUUUGUCUUGAAUUUGAGAAAAACAAAACGAUGUAUUUUUGACUAAAAAAGGGUGAAUACGCAUAUGAAACUGGUGGGGUUCGGUACCUCCAACAAGGUUAAGAACCACUGCUCUAGAGUCCAGAGGUGAGGUGCUUUACACCACUGCAUCCCACGCUUUGCAUUGAACUGGGUGAUACAUGGCUUAGAUUCAGCCGCUCGGCCAUGGAAACCCAUUCCAUGAAGCUCUCUGCGUACUGUACGUGGGCUAAUUGGAAGGUCACAUGAAGUUUGGAGCUCCGUAGCAACUGAGUGGGUAGAAUGUCUUUGCACUAUGCGCCUCAGGAUCCGCUGACCCCUUUCUGUCAGUUUGCAUGGCCUACCACUUUGUGGCUGAGUUGCUGUUGUUCCCAAAAUCUUCAGUUUUCUUAUAAGAAUUUAGGAACGAGGAAAUUUCACGACUGGAUUUGUUGCACAGGUGGCAUCCUAUGACAGCGGCCCAUUCUUUCACAAAUGUUUGCAGAAACAGUCUCCACGCCUAAGUGCUUGAUUUUAUACAACGGGCUAAGUGAUUAGGACACCUGAUUCUCAUCAUUUGGAUGGGUGGGCAAAUACUUUUGGAAAUACAUUGUAUGUAUUUUUUUAUGCAUUGUAUAUUGUAAUGUACGACAAGUACACGAAAGGGAUUCAUAUGGCCCCACUCGUCGCGGUUCACCUGACACAUGACGCAUGACAAAUUUGAGUGGCACUUUUCUUAGUUUUCAGCAAAAUGAUUGAAUCCCCUUGUCCUCUCACACGAGAUCCACCCGGGAAUGGGGCCUUAGGGAUCCCAUUCCUACUGUAUUGCACCCGAUAAGACUUCUGACAAAAAAACAUCCAAAAACCGCCAACAUGCAUGCAUUAGCGAUAUUGGUAGUGUAAGCAGAAGUGUAUAGAAACUACCUUUCAAUCAAUCAAUCAAUCAAUCAAUCAAUGUUUAUUUAUAUAGCCCUAAAUCACAAAUGUCUCAAAGGACUGUACAAACCACUACGACUACGACAUCCUCGGAAGAACCCACAUAAGGGCAAGGAAAACUCACACCCAGUGGGCAAGGAGAAUUCGCACCCAGUCUAUGCUGCUAUAUUGACAUAUUGAGCCGGUGAGCUGCUGCAUCGCCUCUGAGUUGGUAAAAGUGAAUUCUAUAAAAUAAACCAUGCCUCUCACCUGGAUAGACAUGAAAAAGUCAUCUUUUUUUGGUGUUUUUUAAUUUUAAUUGUUUUGCCAUUGAGCGCAGACAUUGUACAGUAAGUGAGUGUGGUAAUUUUUGUUCAUUUCUUGUUUAGCACUUAGCGAUACUGCUACUUGCAUCACUCAGCCUCUAAAAUGUGUAGAUGCCCCCCUUAUAUUCAGGCUAAAAAAUAUAAGGUUCGGGGUCAUCGUUUGUCCCGAAGUUGUCGUUGAUGGCGGUAGUUGUCACUGAAGGAAUUAGCAAAUGUUGAUAUGCGUCUGUAAAAUUUUUGUAUGCUUAAAAUAAGCAAAAUAGGUAAAUAUUACAUGUUAUGAGUGUACCUGUUACUACAAUACAUAUAUACUUACAGCAUGUAUGAAAAACUGAGGUUUUUGAAUGAUUUUAGAGCACUUAAUAGAAUCCAUAAGCUCCAUUUUUAGCAUUUAUUUACAAGUCAGAAUGCAUAAACACAAAUAAAAGCUUGUAUAUGGAAGGAUUCUAAAUGAUAGGCAACAAAAGCAUACCUCCCAACCAUGCAGUUCCUCUUUAGAGUUAAUUUACUCCUCCACAUUUUGGACUUAGAGGCUCAAGUUGGCUGGCCAACUGUUCAACAUUUAGUAUUUCCGCACUCUUUCUGCCUUUACCACACCAGAGGCAAACGAGCCAAAGACUCACAAUGGGUCGUCUCCCCGAAAAAUGUGCCAUGCACUGAGUAGUUACUCCUAGCUACAUGUAUCUGUGUUCUCUGACCUUUGUGUGUACUUUCAAUAAACUGUAAUUUUCAGUAAACGUGAAGAAUAAAUGGCUAUUUGU